AGUCAAGCCAGCUAUUCUGUAGUUAAAAGAGCUAAGCGUAUAGAAGACUUUAAGUAAUACCAGUAACGAGGAGAUCAUAUGUAGAAAAAGUAAGAAAUAUUGAAAAGAAUAGCACAAUCGAUGUAAAAGUGUCUGCCGUUCAACUGAGAAAUACAUUGACAGAACAUCGUUCUAAGAAGUUGUGUACCAAGAGGUGUAACUCAUCUUCUAGACUAAAUGCUCACUCAGUGACGUAAAACGGAAUGAUAUUUGGAUUAGAUAUUGCUCGACUCUCACGAUCAGAUAAGCGAAUGAAAAUAAGUUUCCUAUCUGGCAUUCUCUAUCGGAAACACCCGAUAAACUCCUAGUCUGUGUUUGACUGUUAACCGAGCAACUAGCAACAAUGAAAAUGGAGGCUAACCAUAGGCUGGAGCAGCUGAAGAAGGCUACGGACAGAAUUCAAAGAGAAAUCGAAGAAGUCACUGAGAGAGAACACGAGCUCCGAAACGUUGGCAGCAUCAAGACAAUAUCCCACGAGACCGUCGACUCUAAGGUACGUCGUAUGCCGCAAGCGCUCGCAUCCGGGAAGUUGAAGAGAACAACGUCGACCCCGCAGAUUCUUGAGGAAGUGUCCUUGACUCCACUGACGCCGAACUUAGCACCGAAAAUGACCAACGGAGUAAUUUCGACGCGUGCCACACCGACGCCUGUACGAUUUGCGAGCUCCCCUAGCCAGAAGGGAUUGAUGCAUAGGUUUCUGGCCACCAGAGGCAAGAUUUAUAAACAGAAACCGCAAACCAGUGACUUUCUGACACCACCCACGACGCCGACGGCUCCUUUGAAUCCUUUGAGCAUCAAGGCCUUUAAUAGGACUUUGGAGAUACAGAUAGAACCUGAUGAUGAGCCGAAGAAACCACCCGUCAGAAAAGGUUACGUACCUGUUGAGCAGAAAAUACAGAAGGAGUUAAACGAGAUGAAGGAGAGAGAGAACGAGCUUAGAUUAAUGAGGUCUCAGAUGCUGGCAAAGUCCCAGCCGAAUCUUUUGGAUAUUGGGAACGAUAACGACUCGGAUAUUUAUGACGGUGCGAGUUCUCUGCAAAGUGGUACAUCCUCCAAUACCCUGAACGAGGACGAGCUGGAAAGAGAAAGCAAGGGGAAGCAUAAGCCUAAUCCAAGACGUCGUAGCAGCAUGAUCACUCUCUGGGAGAACCUGAUAGCUGGAAAGAAAGAAUCUGGAGAAGACGUUGAAGAGAAUAAUGGUCAUUUUUAAAUUAAUAUGUCGUCACUCAUAAUAAGUCAUCAUAUUAUUUGCGCGAAUUCUAUUUAUAAAAUGAAAUAAUCUUGGAAGAGAUUUGAGCCCUCACAAGUUAUACGUCAGAUUAUGUAAGUAAUGAUAUAUAGUAGGUACUGAUAGGAAUGGUGAAACUGAGGUGCCUUAAAACAGAAAAGCUUUAUACCAUAUUGUAUCUGUUGUGUGAGGUAAAACAAGAAUAGGAAAGAAUGUUAUUUUCUUUGUUAAUGAAAAUCCAGCUAAAAUGGGCUUAAAAAUAUUAGUGUUUUGAAUGACUCGCUGGAAAUGAAUGAGUCAUUUUACUUUUGUUCAUUAGCUUUCGUAUCGUAAAUUAUUUCAGUAUUAAAUUACUAAACAAAACGUAAAACGAAUACUUAUAAUCCUUCGUGGACGAAGGGUAUUCGUAGACUAUAAGUAUUUUGGAUGGUACAUAUUUCUUUUUCGCACUAUUGUGCAGGCAUGUACUUAUUAAAUGGUUAAGCGUAACGAGGAGUAUUUAUAUAAGUAUUAAGGAAUGAUACUAAUCAAAAACAAUGUGCAAUUUAUUUUUUUUAUCAAAACUGGUUCCGAGUUUUGUAGCGAUGAAUCCUACUUGUAAUUGUAAUUUACGUAUCUAUCACGUUUUUGAAUCUUUGAUCUUUUUUCUUUUUUUUUUUCUUUGGAAAUGGAAUAAUGCAGAAUUACGGAUUAGUGUAUUACUUUGUACAGGGAUAAAUUAUUUCAUUAUUUUACGAUCAUGAAUCCCGUAUAACAGGAAAAUGAAAUAAAUGCGACCGAAAACGUAUCCCGGUGGAGGCCUUUUUGUGACACUAUUAUGGAGAACUAUUUAUAUUUGAAAACAGAUAAAUUAUUGUAACUAUUUAAUUAUUGUAUGGUUAACUAUAAUGACUAUACUUUGUACCAUGAUUUUCUCAGUACCUUAUACACUAUGUCAAUUAUUUUUAUUCUGUAAUAAAAACGCUGAAAAUCA